GCCAUCUUGACAGUAAGCUUGUGUGUGUAUAAUACAAUAAUUUUGAUAAAUUAAAUUUUGUACAUUUUAUGUUCUGUGUUUUUAGUUAUAACUUAUAACUUAUAAGCAUAAAGAAGCAUAGAGAAACAAACAGUGUUUGUUUGUGUCUCUAUCGUAAUAAGUCGAUACUAAAAACCCGUCUGUGAUUUAAUUAAAGUACCUACUUAGAUUAAAUAUGGGUCGCAAGAAGAAGAAGAUGUCGAAGCCUUGGUGCUGGUAUUGCAAUAGAGAAUUUGAGGACGAGAAAAUUCUUAUUCAACACCAAAAAGCCAAACACUUCAAGUGUCAUAUUUGUCAUAAAAAAUUGUACACUGGCCCUGGCUUGUCGAUACAUUGCAUGCAGGUGCACAAGGAAACGAUAGACAAAGUCCCAAAUUCCAUGCCAAACCGAUCCAACAUAGAAAUAGAAAUAUACGGAAUGGAAGGCAUACCACCGAAUGAUCUCAGGGAACACGAAAAACAAAAACAGGGCGCGAGGGGUAACGAUUCGGGUUCCGAUGACGAUGAGCCUACGAAUAAGAAGAUCAAACAGGAGGGAUUGUUGGGAAAUGCUCCCGGAAUGAUGCAAACUAUGCCCGGUUUGAUGCAAGGGAUGAUGCCACCUCCAGGAAUGCCCCCUGGAAUGCAAAUGGGGCACAUGAUGCAUAUGGGACACCCUUUUCAUAUGCACCCUGGAAUGCAAAUGAUGGGAGCACCUCCACAUAUGAUGCACAUGCAAGGUCAAGCAGGGCCCCCAAAACCUCUUUUCCCCAGUGCCAUUCCUACCUCUUCACCAGGGGCCCCCAUUGUAGGGGCUGACUUUAAACCAAUUUCAUCAGGUGCCACGAUAAGCGCGCCUCCAACGACAAACACUCCAAGUAGCAGUAGCAGCGACACGUCAAAAGUCGCGACGAUCGUAACUUCUGGAGGCGCGAGCAAAAUCGUUCAUCCAAACGAAGAUAUUUCUUUGGAGGAGAUCAGAUCGAGGCAUCCUAGAUAUGCUAGAAGUUCGAAACAGGAUGACACUGCGUCAAACGCGUCCAGUAAUGCUGCCUCGGAGCUGGCCAUAGCGGUGUCUGCCGCCCAACAGGCCGCCGUGCACCAGGCCAAGCAGCAAGAGGCCAUCGCGUCGAUGAACCACGCCAUGAUGCAACGGUUUCCCGUCCGAGUGUCGGGCCCGCCUCUCACGAUGGCGGCGCUGCAAGGCGGUCAAACGGUCAUGGCGCCGGUGCGACACCACGCGAUGAUUCCGGGCCCGCCGACGCUGAUCGGCGGCCAUCUGAUGCGACCGCCUCACCUAGGCAUGAACAUGCCGCCAGGUAUGAUUGGAAUGCCCCCAGGGAUGAUGUAUGGGGCCCCGAUGUUUCCGACCGGCCCCAUGAUGUUGCAGCCGAGGUUCAGAUGA